AUGCAGAGAUCUAUUUCGAUUCCGACGGCGAAGUCUUUUCUCCGUCGCCACCAUUUUCGUAAUAGCAAUCCGGAGACUCCUCACUCGUUUCGUCUUCCUUGGUUACGACCUUUCUCUAGUCACUACCGAGAGAGAUUGAGAGAUGCUUACCUUCACUCUAUCAAGUUCGACGAUGCGUAUGGUCUCUUCCGCGAGAUGCUUCGCUCUCGUCCUCUUCCCACCAUUGUCGAUUUCACUAGAGUUUUGACUGUGAUUGCAAAGAUGAACAAGUUCGAUUUCGUGUUUUAUCUCUGUCACAAGAUGGAGAAGUUGGGGAUUUCACACGAUCUCUAUAGCUGCACUGUUUUGAUUGAUUGUUUAUGCAGAUGCUCUCGUCUCUCUCUUGCUCUAUCUGUUCUAGGUAAAAUGAUGAAACUUGGAUUUGAGCCAAGCAUUGUCACACUUGGCUCUUUGCUUAAUGGAUUCUGUCGCAGGAAUCAGUUUCACGAGGCGGUAUCUCUCGUUGAUACGAUGUCGAAAUCGGGAUACGAGCCUAAUGUAGUCAUCUACAACACUGUGAUUAAUGGUCUUUGCAAGAACGGAGAUUCGGAUAACGCGUUGGAGCUUUUUAAUCUCAUGGAGAAGAAAGGAAUCAGAGGGGAUCUUGUUACAUACAACACUCUGAUAAGUGGAGUUUGUAACUCUGGUAGAUGGAGCGAGGCGGCUCGGCUUCUGAGAGAUAUGAAGAAGAGGAAACUCGAUCCUAACGUGGUCUUUUUCAGCGCACUGAUCGAUACAUUUGUGAAAGAGGGGAAUCUCUUAGAGGCUAAAAACAUGUACAGGGAGAUGAUCCGAAGGUCGGUAGAUCCUAAUGUUUACACUUACAAUUCACUCAUCAAUGGUCUUUGCAUUCACGGUCGCCUAGGCGAGGCUAAACAAAUGUUUGAUUCGAUGGUAGACAAGGGCUGUUUUCCGGAUGUAGUGACCUAUAAUACUCUCAUAAAUGGAUUUUGCAAGUCUAAGAGAGUAGAAGAUGGGAUGAAACUCUUCGGUGAGAUGGCUCAUCGAGGAUUGGUUGGCGACGCUUUCACUUACAACACUCUUAUCCACGGGUAUUGUAGGGCGGGGAAACUUACCGCUGCCCAAAAGGUUUUCAAUCGGAUGGUCGAUUGUGGUGUGCCUCCUGAUAUUGUUACCUACAACAUUUUGGUAGAAUGUCUGUGUAAUAACGGGAAGAUAGAGAAAGCAUUGGUGAUGGUAGAGGAUAUGCAAAAGAGUGAAAUGGAUGUUGAUAUUAUCACGUAUAAUAUCAUCAUUCAAGGGAUGUGUAGAACUGGAAAGGUGGAAAAGGCUUGGCGAUUAUUUUGUAGCCACACUCGCAAAGGAGUCAAGCCUGAUGCAAUAUCAUACAUCACAAUGAUAUCAGGGUUGUGUAGGAAAGGCAGACGGAGUGAAGCGGAUAAGCUGUGGAGAAAAAUGAAAAAAGAUGGGAUUAUGCCAAUCGUAUGCAUAAAUAAUGAGACACUUAGAGAUCACGACACAAGCUCGUCAGCUGAACUCAUCAAAGCAAUUUAUGAGUAA